AUAAUUGUACAUGAUUGGAUAGUAGACACAGGGACAACUAAUCACAUGGUUUUUCAUCAUAGCUUGUUGUAUGAUAUUAAUAGUUGUAAUGAAAUUGGAGGUGUACAUUUACCUGAUGGAAGCAAACUCCCAAUAUUGCACAUUGGUAGUUGUAGGCUAGACCAAGGGAUGAUAAAAAAUAUGCUAUGUGUUCCAGGUUUUAAACUAAAUUUACUAUCUGUAGCCAAGCUGACCAAAGAACUAAAUUGUGUGUUGAAAUUCUAUCCUGAUUUUUAUUUAAUGCAUGACCUUCACACUGGGUAGAUAGGUGAAGGGGAUUGGUAAGAUGCUAAAUGGUCUAUAUCACUUGAAGUAUGGGUUUCAUCAUUCAAUGGUAGCUUGCAGUAUAAUUCUGGACACUGACAUAUGGCACUAGAGGUUAGGUGAUCUUCCGCAUAAAGUCUUGGCUCAGAUGCAGUUGACUAAGAGAUCCAAACAUGUUGUUUGUCAAAUUUGUGCUAUAGCUAAACCGACUAGGAUUCCUUUCCCUCAUAGUACUAGUAAAGGAAAUAAAAUGUUUGAUUUAGUUCAUGGAGAUGUAUGGGGACCUUAUAAGGUACCUACAUGUAAUGGACAUAGAUUCUUCUUUACCUUAAAGGAUGAUCACACCAGAAUGAUUUGGAUUUACUUGUUGAAGUUCAAAAGUGAUGUUCCCCUUGUAUUGAAAGAUUUUCCAUAACUUGUUAAGAAUCAACUUAAGACUAAUGUCAAAAUUUUCAGAACUGACAAUGAGACUGAAAUUUUCUAUUCUACUUGCAAAGUUUUGUUCAGUAAUACAUGUAUUGUUCAUUAAAGUUCUUAUCCUUACACAACUCAACAAAAUGGUAUGUUGAAAAGAAGGCACAGGCAAAUUCCAGAGGUUAUCAUGUUCCAAGGUUCUAUUCCAAUCAGAUUUUGGGCCAAGUGUGUCGAAAGUGUUGUUUAUCUCAUUAACAAAAUCCCUACUAGUGCACUAGGAGGGAAGUCUCCCCUUGAGGUUUUCCUGGGAAGGAGACCUAAUUUGCAACAUCUUAGAGUAUUGGCUUAUUUGUGUUAUGCCACUGUUAGUUCUCCCACAAGAGAUAAGAUUGGUGUGAGAGCAGUUAAAUCAGUUCACAUGGUUUAUUCCACUACUUAAAAUGGUUACAUACUUUUUUAUCUAGUUACCAGGUCAUUCUUUAUCAAUAUAGAUGUACAUUUUGAGGAAAGUAUAUUUCCUUUCUCUUCUAUCCCUUCCCUGAAUAUUAAUCAUCUCAAGAUGCCCUAAUAUGGUGAGUGUAUGAUUGAUUCAGAUCCUUUUGUAGUGAUUAGUGGUGAGCAUAUAGAGGUUAGUGGUUAACCUACAGAGAUACUCAAUAGUGAGUCUGCAAAGGUGCUUAUGGAUAAUUCUCAUCACUCCCAUUUGGAUGUCCCUAACUCACUUUCUCCCUUAGUUAUAGAAGUAGUUACUCAACGUAAUCAGCCAGAAAUUAGUGCACCCAUAAGUUCCAACAGAGUGGUGAAACCUCCCACCUGGUUGCAAGAUUUUGUCCACAAACCAGCCUAGGGCCCCAAUUCUUGUCAGUAUUCCAUGUCCAAUUUUAUGUCGUAUGAAAACUUAUCUGAUCCCAAUCUCCAUGUUUUAUGCAAUAUAUCCACCAUCAAAACCUAGGUAUUAUGAAGAGGCCAUACACCAUCUUGAAUGCACUACUGCUAUGGAUCAAGAGCUCGAAGCAUUCGCUGACAAUAAGACAUGAUCUCUAACACCUCUGCCUUUUGGGAAGAGAGUCAUAGGAUGUAAGUGGGUCUUUAAGGUCAAGUACAAUGCUCAGGGUCAUGUUGAUAGGUAAAAGGCUCGUUUGGUUGCCAAAGGUUACACUCAACAAGAGGGUUUAGACUACUAAGAAACCUUCUCACCUGUGGUGAAGAUGAUUAUUGUUAAAGUUGUUCUUACUAUGGCUGCAAUGAAGGGUUGGAAGCGACAUCAGAUGAAUGCUUCUAAUGCAUUUUUGUAAGAUCUCCUAGAAGAAGUAUACAUGAUCCCCCUCUUGAUAUUUUGAAGCAGGGGGAGUCUUCUCUUGUACGUACAUUGGACAAAUAUCUUUAUGGUCUCAAACAAGCCUCUAUGCAAUGGAAUCUAAAGCUUACUGAGGCUCUUAUUGCAUCAGGUUUUAAUCAAAGUGUUCAUGAUUAUUCAUUUUUUACCAAGACUGUUGGUGCUCACAUUGUUUUGAUUUUGAUUUAUGUGGAUGAUCUGAUCAUCACUGAUUCUUUUUCAUUCCGUACUGAGGAAGCCAAAUCUCUCCUCCGUCCUCAUUUCAAAAUCAAUGACCAAGGCCAUGAAGGGGAUACAAAUGAUGAAUUACUUGCAGAUCCAAGAAGCUGUCAAAAGUCAGGGAUCUUCUAUGCCGGCUGGGAAACCCCCAAAUUCUCUACACCUUUAGGGGAAGCAAGCAGGGUGGUAGAUGCUCUAGCAAGGGAGGGAUCGAAGACUAAUCAAGAUAACACUCUAUUUUUCUUGGAAGUUCCACCGGUGUUUAUCCUCGAGAAGUUGGAGGUAGACAAAGGAAGAACUCUUUUUGUAAGAAGAUGAAGGCCAUCUUCCAUAUCUACUAAUUGUAUUAACUAUACCCCUUUUCUAAUCCCCCCUUCCCCCCUUAAAAUACUAGCAGGCAAGCAGCAGUGCUUGAUCUCCCAUGUAAUGAUGCAUAUUAACUAUUAAUAUAAGUAUCUCUUUUUACACACACAA